AUGAGACGGCUGGGCGCUCGACUAGCUUCAGUGACGAGAUACGACGCUGCAUGGGACGGUCAUGCAGCAAUCGCAUCGCUCGUGGCUGGCAUGCUCGUCCAGCCGUUCCAGUCACGGCGACGGCAACAUCUCGGCUCUCUACGACCUCUUGCUCGUGCACAAUCAUCUGCUGCCGAAUCAUCAUCAGCGCACGCACUGCAGCAUCUACCCUUGCUGAACGCGCAGGAUAUGAGAUCGUCUCAUCUCCAGUUUGCAAGCCACUUACUUGCCAUUCCUGAUGAGAUCCGCCACGAAGCACGCUAUGACGAUUUUUCCGUACCGGACAUUGUUCGUUCGGUGUCGGCGCUGCUAUCAGCGAACGAUCCUGCAGGCGCAUCCCGCCAGCUUAUGCGCGAAUUCGAGUCUGGCUCGAAUGCUCAUCUCAGGCCGGUCUUGCUCGAGCUAGCAAUACAGGUUGCGCGUGCAUUGUGGGACCGUCGACAGUCGGACGUGCUCGAGAGCCUUGCGCAGACAGUUCAUGACUGUCUCUUGGUCUGGGCCAUUGAGCCCGGACAGAGGCAAGCCAGACCGCGCAAGACGCGCUCAUUAGCCUUGCCGAAGCCUGUCGGCUAUCUACAGCAGAUCUACGCAUCCCGAGCAUAUCGCGCCGACGCAGAUCCAGACACGGCCAUCAGACCUGGCACUUUAGCUUGCAAUCUCGUCCUGAUCGCGGGCACUCGUAGUGGCGUACGGGGUCUCAGAGCAAUGGACACCGAUCAAUCUGCCACUGCUGUCAUCAGCGAAGUACUCGACGAAGACGAGAGCGCCAUAUUUGACGAGAUCUCGCUGCUCUGCUGGCUAGAGCAUCUCGACAGCAGGCAUGUGAGAGCUACCGAACAAGAUCGCACUCGUCAGGUCGCCUUGACAUUCUGGCACACUGUCGUCAGCACGCGGCUCGAUCUUGACCUUCCGCUCGCAUUCGGCUUCCUUCGUCACUGUCACUGGCUGCCAGAUCAAGAGCGAACAUACGUCUGCGAGCUGCUCCUCGUGCGCCUGAAUCAUUUGAGAGCACAAGUCGAUGAUGAAGCCAGCAGCUUUGACAUAGAAACGACAAGUAUCAAACUCGCAGAGGUCAUCGUCAGCAAGCUCGUGCAACCAGUCGAUGGUAGUGACGAAAUGUCUCCUACCGCGAGGCUACAGGUUGAUCGACUCGCAAAUAUCCUCUCGCAGAUCUCCGAAAGUAAUCUUGCUGCACUGCGAGAGAAGCUAUCGAGACUGUCCACACUCGCAUCGCAACGAUUGCUAGAACGACUGCCCGCCCCUGCGCGGAUGGAGUCCACUUCUGCAGAGUUCAGAGAGGACAUCAUCGACCUCUUGACCAGUGGUCGCACGAGCCUGGCGUACAGCAAGCUAGAGCACCUUGCGCACCAGGGCAUCUCGACAGACGAUCUCACAAGAUACGUCAAGAUGAUGCGUGGUGUAGGACGACCGAUGCUCGCCUACCGACUACUAUCGCGCGUCCAUUCUUCAGAAGCCCUCGCAAGGCUGCAAAAGCUCGCUGUCAAACUCGUCGGACGUGGCAGCACGGACGAGUCUGAUGAGAUCUGGGAGCACAGCGCGCUUUCCCGCGAUGAUACUGCCCUCAACCUGGUCAGGCGCGAUCUCGAGUUCUGCCGGGCUAGGCUGGCGCAUUGUCGCGUACACAGUCGACAGUGGCAGACUCAAGAGGCUCAAGAAGAGCUAGCGAAACACGAAACGCCUCGUAAUCUGAUCGAAGAGCAGUUCGCCAUUCAUGUCAAGCUCGAUAAUCGCAAGGCCGCUCUGCAAGAUCUUCAAACUAUGCGCAAAGAAGUAACGAUCGAGCAUGUCAAUCAGGUACUGGAGAUGUACCUUUCACCGCGUACAUGGGGUCGCGGAGAACGUUACAUGCGUCGCUUUGUUCAGUACUUGCACGCAGUCUUUGCAAUGUUUCCACAAGUCGAGCCCAAUCCGCUCACAGCUGUCAUCGUCGCCAGAGCACUUUUCCGUGGGCAGACAGUUGUCGAAGCCGACUCCGUCCUGGCUAUUGUUGAUAGUGCUCUCGCAGACAACGACGAACUGUCGACAAUCUCGAUCAGUCGGGAUCGUCGAGCUCAUCGCGCACUGCUGUCUGCUGCCGCCGCCGCUUUAGAGGCGAGGAGGGAUCUUGCAGGUGCGCAAGCAAUGCGCAAGAGACUUAUGCGAGUCUAG